CACAAAUAUAAACCACACCUUUGACAAUCUCAACCUUCACUUUCUCUUUCAUCAAUUUUUUUUUUGCCCUCUCUUAGGGUUUCACCUCUCUCUCUCUUCUCUGCUUCUGCUCUCUCAUGCAUUCUUGCUCCCAACAAUUCUUCUCCAUUGCAAUUGCCAUCACCAUCUUCCUCUUCUCCUUCUUCUCUGCCUUUUUAGCUCUCGUUCGAGGGUUCUUUUGUGGUGAUCAGUGCAGAUUUGAUCUCUCCCGGUUUUUCCAGCUGCACCCAUGUCUCAAGUUUUCAGCUUUUCUGGAAAUGAUGAUUUUUACUCUGGGGAGUCUUUAUACCCUAAUCCCAAGGAAGCGAAUCUCUUCUUGUCCCUUGGCCUACAAGUGGAGGCUUACUUUCCUCUGCCGAAGAGGUCUCGCAUCGCUGUCCCAUUUGGUAUCAAAGGAAACUGGUUUGACUUUGAGCAGAAGCAGGAGACGUGUAUUGAAACUUUGCCAGAUGAAUGCCUCUUUGAGAUCCUCAGAAGGUUGCCUGCAGGCCAGGAUCGGGGCAAUUGUAUGUCUGUAUCCAAGCGCUGGCUUAUGCUUCUAAGCAAUAUUUGCGAGAACGAAAUCUGCGGCAACAAAAGUACCGGAAAUGAAAAUGGUGAGCAGGAGGAGGGUGACCUGGAAUUUGGAAAUGAAGGAUUCCUCACUCGAAGCUUCGAAGGGGAAAAGGCAACAGAUGUUAGGGUUGCUGCUAUGUCUGUUGGGACUGCCUCUCGCGGAGGACUAGGGAAGCUCGCAAUUCGUGGAUGCAAUUCAGAUCGUCCGGUGACUGAUGUAGGUCUCAAGGCAAUUGCUCAUGGAUGUCCUUCUCUGAAGAUUCUCACUCUAUGGUGUAUCCCUACCAUUAGCGAUGAAGGCCUGAUUGAGAUUGCUAACAGGUGUCACCAAUUAGAGAAGCUUGAGCUUGGCCAGUGCCCCAAUAUUUCCGGCAAGGCUUUUGUUGCAAUUGCAAAGAACUGCCCGAGUCUGACCCACUUCUCAAUUGAGUCAUGUCCUAACAUUGGUAAUGGAGGUUUACAAGCUAUUGGGAAGUGUCCCAAUCUAAAGUCUGUAUCCAUUAAGGACUGUGCUGGGGUUGGUGAUCAGGGAAUUGCUGGCCUGAUAUCUUCAGCUUCUUUUGUUCUAGAAAGGGUGGUGCUUGAGUCACUAGCUGUUUCUGAUCUCGCACUAGCAGUUAUUGGACACUAUGGCAUUGCAGUUACUGAUCUCGUCCUAAAUUGCCUCCCUAAUGUCAGUGAGAAGGGAUUCUGGGUUAUGGGCAAUGGUCGUGGACUGCAGAAACUAGCAGCACUUGGAAUUGUGUCCUGCCGUGGAGUAACCGAUAUCGGCCUUGUUGCUAUAGGAAAGGGUUGUCCUAAUAUGAAAAUCUUCCAGCUUCAGAAGUGUGCAUUUCUCUCUGACAAUGGGUUGGUAUCAUUCGCCAAAGCUGCUCCAUCGAUUGAGAGCCUAUAUUUGGAAGAGUGCCACAGAAUUACCCAACUUGGGUUUUUCGGGCUCCUUUUUAACUGUGCUGCGAAACUGAAGGUUCUUAGCCUGGCAAGCUGCUAUGGGAUCAAGAAUCUGAAUCUCCGACUGCCUGCAGUACUUCCUUGUGGAUCAAUUGAGUCAUUAUCAAUCCAUGACUGCCCUGGAUUUGGUGAUGCUACCAUUGCUGUACUUGGAAAGUUGUGUCCUCAGCUUGAGCAUGUUGAAUUGAAUGGACUUAGUGGAAUCACAGAUGCCGGGUUUCUUCCCCUGCUUGAGAGUUCAGGGGCUGGUUUGGUUAAUGUUAAUCUCAGCGGCUGCACUAAACUGACCGACCAAGUUGUUUUGUCGCUGGUCAAGUUGCAUGGAUGUUCUCUUGAAGUGCUAAACCUUAAUGGUUGUAAGAAAAUCAGCGAUGCAAGCUUGAUCGCAAUUGCAGGCAGCUGCCCAUUGCUCUCUGAUCUUGAUGUUUCCAGGUGUGGAAUCACCGACACUGGGAUUGCUGCACUUGCACAUGGGAAGCAGCUCAAUCUGAAGGUACUUUCUCUGGCAGGUUGUACAUCAGUUUCUAACAAGGGUGUGCGCGCUUUGAAAAAGCUUGGCAGUUCCCUCGACGGAUUAAACAUCAAGAAUUGCAAAGGAAUCAGCUACCGCUCACUUGACAUGCUUGUGCAAGAUCUCUGGUCCUGUGACAUCCUCUUCUGAGAAGAAGGAAGCGUCAAUCUCACAGCAAAAUCUUCCUCCUUCUCAGUUUUUUUUUCAUAGUGUUUUUCGGUCCAUUAGCUAUGGUGGGUCUUGGUCAUCAUCUAGCACCUGGUUCUCUUUUUCCAGAGCACACAGUCAUUUCACCAUUAUUUUUUUGCAGUUUUCCAUCAAUUGGAAAUCUGUUGAAGUUUUUGGCAUUCCCAGGAACGCCGCUUUUGGAAUGACUGUUAAUCUCUGAGAACAUAGUUACCAGGUCCUGGAGUUAGGUCUCUUUUCUUUUGUCUAGUGGUGUUUUACCAAAUGUCUCACCUAUUGAACUGUGUUCUUUACGUGAUAUUUGGGUCUUCUCAGUAUUUGGGUCUUGUCAGUUUUAGUCAAGGGGCAUGUUGAAGUUCCAGUUUAUGUGCUGUUGUUACCUAUUGGCACAGUUCAGAGGUAUUAUGUUGAUGUCUUCUUCAGGGGCUUUGGCCAUGGCAGAAGGUUAUGCAAUUCUGCCAUGACAACCUUAGGUUGUUUUUUCCUACCAAAGCCCUUGGUUUUUAGGGCAUCAUUUUUUUUUCUCUGAACUUGUCGUUGUAACUUCUGUAGUGAUGAUACUGAGAUUUGCCCUUUGUAUUGCAUGCUGUUUUAUUGAAAGUAAUGAAUAAACAACCUUGGGUUGAAA